CUGCACUAGCUGCUUGGGACUGGUGCUCUGCACACCAUAGUGUGCUCAGGGCAGAUCACACAGGGCAGGGCUGUGAUCACUGCAGAGAGAGGCUGACAGACGUCCCCCUGACCUGGAGCAGGGAGUGCAGCGUUUGGAGGGUGCUGUUUGAAGAUUUUUUGGAUCUUGGCCUGAGCUGUCAAAACCACGCCUAUGGAGAUCCACAAUUGGUCCAAAAAGCGUAAAAUCAGCAAUCAAGGGGGCUUGGCUCAUUAGCAAGGGGAUCAGUGCAGGAAGGACAUGUGAGAUAGUCACAGUUUUACAGAGAUCACGACAAGAUCUAACCAUUCCCACUCAGAUCCUACACCAUGACCGGCCGGGCUCACACUUACUGUGCAUGAGUUGUGUCUCUCCUUCCCCAUCCAGCAGGAACAGAGGGGGACAGCGUACAGCACCGCAGCACAGCCUAGAGCAGCACAGGCCAGCUCCCGGGGAGAGACUGACAAAGUGAAAGAAGUGAGCGCAGAGUGAGUGGGGACUCUGGCACCAGGACUGUUACAUCUUACACUGAGACCUCUGCACUGGGAGGCUCCUGACUGACUCUGCUGCUGCCGCCGCCUCGGAAGCCCCUCUUUCCCUCCUGGAUAUUUGGAUGCACCGAUGAGAGAUCCAGCUUUCACAGGGACUGCCAUGGCUUACCACCCUUUCCACGCUCACAGACCAGCUGAUUUCCCCAUGUCUGCUUUCCUAGCAGCCACCCAGCCCUCAUUCUUCCCGGCUCUGGCGCUGCCCCCCUCCGCUCUGGGGAAGCCCCUCACGGACCCCAGCCUGGCCGGAGCCGCUGAAGCCGGCCUGCACGUCUCGGCCCUCGGUCAUCACCACCAAGCGGCCCAUCUGCGCUCACUAAAGAGCCUGGAGCCAGAGGAGGAGGUGGAGGACGACCCCAAAGUCACCCUGGAAGCCAAAGAACUGUGGGACCAGUUCCACAAACUGGGCACUGAGAUGGUGAUCACCAAGUCUGGAAGGAGAAUGUUCCCCCCCUUUAAAGUGAGAGUGAGUGGCUUGGAUAAAAAGGCCAAGUACAUACUGUUAAUGGAUAUAGUGGCAGCCGAUGACUGUCGGUAUAAAUUCCAUAACUCCCGCUGGAUGGUGGCUGGCAAGGCUGACCCCGAGAUGCCCAAGCGCAUGUACAUCCACCCGGAUAGCCCGGCCACCGGGGAGCAGUGGAUGGCCAAGCCUGUUGCUUUCCACAAACUCAAACUCACCAACAAUAUCUCAGACAAGCAUGGCUUUACUAUCUUGAACUCCAUGCAUAAAUAUCAACCCAGGUUUCAUAUUGUGAGAGCCAAUGAUAUUCUGAAACUACCUUAUAGCACUUUCAGGACGUAUGUGUUCCCAGAGACUGACUUUAUAGCAGUGACUGCUUAUCAGAACGAUAAGAUUACACAACUUAAAAUUGAUAACAAUCCGUUUGCUAAAGGAUUUAGAGAUACGGGUAAUGGAAGACGAGAAAAAAGGAAACAGCUGACUCUCCCGUCCCUACGGAUGUAUGAAGAGCAGUGCAAGCCAGACAGAGAUGGGGCAGAUUCGGACGCCUCCUCCUGCGAUCCUGCCACAGGCAGAGACAGUAUGCACUCCCCCCUGGGUACUGAGCCCAGUCCAUUGAGACUCAGCCGCAGUAAUAGAGAUGAGAAGUAUGCAGCAGACAGCGAUCAGGAGUUGGAGAGACGGGAUGUGAGGACUAUCAGGGGUCACAGCAGUCCCGGGGGGACAAUCUCCACUCCCAGCAGCCCCAGGCUGGAGGAGAGGAGCAAGGAGAAGGCCACUCCAGACAAGAAGACAGAGUCACCCGAAGGCCGCAAGGACACUGACAGCAUAUUCAGUGCCCGGAGCUUGGAGAAGGACAAGCUGGAGAGCAGGAGGAAGGAGGAGGCCAAAAAUGAUCAAGAAUGUGGAGGUUUGAGUAAAGAGACCUUUUCCCCACUAAUGGUACAGACUGACAGCCCACCGCACUUGAGUGCAAGCCACCUGCAGAGCUUAGCGCUGUCUGGCUUCCACGGACAGCAGUUUUUUAACCCCUUGAAUGCUGGACAACCCUUGUUCAUCCACCCAGGACAAUUUGCAAUGGCACCUGGAGCUUUCUCGGCCAUGGGCAUGGGACAUUUAUUAGCCUCUAUGACAGGAGCAAGUGGCCUGGAGAACGGUCUCUCAGUGCAAGGAGCAGGAGGGGCAGCUACACCUUUCCCAUUCCACCUUACCCAGCACAUGCUGGCCUCUCAGGGAAUCCCAAUGCCCACGUUUGGAGGGCUGUUCCCGUACCCUUACACGUACAUGGCAGCUGCUGCAGCGGCGGCAUCCGCUAUGCCAGCCACAAGUGCUGCCACCACAAUGUCAAGGAACCCUUUCCUCAGCAGCUCUCGGCCUCGUCUACGCUUUAACCCUUACCAGAUGCCUGUGGGCAUCCCCCCCAGCACUAAUCUCCUGACCACCGGAUUGCCAGCAGGCCUGAACCCGGGAUCUGAGAGCUCCAAACCUGGCAGCAGUCGAGAAUCCAGUCCCAUCCCAGACACUCCUGUCCACAAGAGGUCCCACUCCAAUUCCCUUUCCCCAAAGACCUCCAUGAAGGAUUCCAUAAACGAGCUGCAGAACAUCCAGAGACUGGUCAGUGGCCUGGAGAGCCAGCGAGAGGUCUCCUCAGGCCGGCAGACACCAAAGUGACUGGCAGCUUAUGCCAAUCACAUGAGCCACAAGGGCUGAAAAGCACUGGGAUUUUGUACAGCACAUUAUAACUAUUUAUUAAAAAGGGUCAGCGAACAAAAAACGAGUACUUAUUUAACACACUGGGAAACCCCACCAGUUAUGAUGGUUUGAGAAGAAUUCAAAUAUGAUAUGUAUAAAUAUAUAUAUGUAUAUUAUAUAUAUUCAUGCAAUACAGAGGAUACACCUUCAAGCGUGCACCUAUGGGGACAUCAAGAACUCAUAUAAUAAUAGCGCCAUUGUGGAGAAACUCCCCUUUAAUAUACAAUUCUUGGAACGGCCCAAGAAUGCAGAGACUCAAUGAAAUUGAUGAUGGACAAGGGGGAGCAAGGAAUUCCUUAGAUUUCUCUAUGAAUGAGGGUGGGGGGGCUGGGAGGUCUUUGUUUGGAAAUGACUAUUGGAAGCAUUAGUCAAAUAUUAAGUAUGUCUACUUUGAUUAUCAAGACAGCAUAACUGAAAAAACAAAUUCAACACAAAUACAAUAAAAAGAAGCAAUGACAAAACAAAUUCUAACAUAACUUAAGAUGCCACCCUCAGUUGAACUCAGAUAGGUAGACUGCAUUCUUCACCAAAUCACCGGUCUGGGACAAUACUGGGUGUGUAUCUAACCUGUGUGCCAGAGAUAUUUAUGAAAAAUAGUAAUUUGUGUAAAUAAGCUAUACGAAUCCCAAAAUAUGCAAAUUGGUAUUAAUUUAUUCAGAGUUGUACAUGGUGUGUACAUAAUAUUUAGAAAAUAAUUCAUUGCAUUUAAUUUUUUUCAAUUUACAUUAUAUAUAUUGUAAAUGAAAACUUAUCUAGCUCUUUGUGAUUGAAGGAAAUAUAAUAUGGUUUUUUUUACUGUGUUUUAUUAUUUUCCCGCCUGCUGUUAAGGACAAUCAUGUGCCAUCCUUGCAUUGAGUAAGAGCUUGGUUUAGAAAGUUUUAAUGGUAAAAACUAAAUUAAUGACCUAAUAUACAGAGCGGGGUAUAAAAUGCAGGAAUAAACCUCAGGUUUUUGUUCUCACUCCAGUUCAAUAAAAAAUAAUUAUCAUAAACUGUGCUAUAUUUGUUUAAAAAUACAUGAUUUGAAACGUGCUGGUUACUCGGGUAUCUAUCUGUUCAAUUUUUUUUUGUUUUGUUUUAAAAAAAUUCCUCACAUCUUUCAAUAAAAAACGUUAAAAUAAAAA